GGGCGGGCCCGUGGAGCGGUUCCGGGGCAGGCGGCGCCGGCCCGCGAUGAGCUCGGAGCGGGGGAACGUGUCGCGCACGCGGCCGCAGCGCCACCAGAACGCGCGCGCCUUCAGGAACGACAAGUACGACACCAGCGCCCGGCGCAAGAAAAUAAAUGCUAAGCUUCAUGAUGGAGUGUGUCAGCAUUGCAAAGGUAUCUUGGAGUGGCGAGUAAAAUUCAGGAAGUACAAACUACUGACAAAACCUAAAAAAUGUGUGAAAUGCCUCCAGAAGACUGUAAAAGAUCCUUAUCAUAUUAUUUGUCGACAAUGUGCUGGUAAACUAGAAAUCUGUGCUAAGUGUGGGAAACAAGAAGAAAUAGUGAUUCCGAUUGAUAAAGGACAAGACAGAGCUGACAGUGACGCUUCUAAAAAUGGCCGAGAGAGCAGUAAAUUGAAGGAUGAGCUGGAUUUUGAAACAAAUUUCAGUAGUGCAGAUAGUGAUGAAGGCUCUGAUGUGCUUGAAGAACAAUUUAAAACUAUGAAUUUUGAAACAACAGAGAUCUAAAAGGUUGUGUUUCUGCAAGAGAUUAUAUGCAAUCAAAUAUGGUAAACCAUGCUUGCCCUUAAACUGCUCCAACCUCUGAUUAGACAUCUAAGGUCCUUGUAUGUUAAUUUUGGCGUUGUGUAUGAUGAUGCAUAUGGGGAUUUUUAUUAAUACACAUUUUUGUGUAUUAAGAACAGAAUUUCUCUGAAAAUAUUCAGAAAUUCUAUUUGUAAGCAUAGUUAGUUAGUUAUUUCAUACACAUAACAACUUCCUGUUUUUAUGGAAUAAAGCCUCUUUGUGUAAUUGUCCAAAAUUCAGCAUUAUGUGACCAUUGGAAGUAUUACUGCUACAUGGAAAUCUACCUGAAAGUCUAGAAUCUACCUGAAAGUCCAGUCUUUAAUAGUUUACUGAAAGAACUUGUAGCAUUCUCUCAAUGUGUUUCCAAAAGGGGUCUUACCCUUAAACCUGGUGGUUUUUGUUUGAUUUUUUUCCCUGCAAAAAAGAACCAAGUGUGUAAAUGCCAUCACCCAUACAGUUCAUGAACAAUUAAAGCUUAUUUACUAUGUGUAAGUGUGCAUUACAGAUUUGUGACCUUGUAAAUAUUUUGUAAAGAAAAAAACUGCAAACUGUAGAAUUUCUCAUCACACUUUCUUUUCAUUUUCAGAAUUCAGAGAUUCAUCUGGAUCUUUUGUGGUUUUCUCUGAUACGAAAUGACAUAGUGGAGUGAUGCUUAUAGAGUAACUCCCUUCUCAGUUUCUCUUCCACUGUUUAUUAAUCUGUACAAAGAACUUAACUGAAGUUGCCGUAACUGUCUUUACAGGAUUUAGGAUGGUUUGAUUUCUUUUGUACUGUCUUCUUGGUCUUUACAUUUAACUAACAGUGUAUAUAUGUACAUUAACCUAUGACAAUAUGCUGUGCCACAUCUGCUUUGGUGCUUUGCCUGAUUUGCAAUAGUGAGCAUAGAAAAACUUGAUUAUCAAACUACAUUUUUCAAAUGCUGUUUGAGGCAAUUCAGCUCUGAGGUUGUUUCCCAUCCCUGCCUUGGAAUGAAGGAAAUACACAAACUUAAUCCUUUGGGUGCAGAUAGGCGCCCAAUGUCUGUCCUGUCAAGCUGGAAAACACCAAAAGUUCAGUGGCAGAAAAUGAGGUUGUCAGGUAUGUUCAGAAGUAUUGGAUCUGAAGGUUAUCUGAAGGUUUCACUGGCAGAUAAAUCCUCCCAACAGGACAGCAAUGACAUCUGACUUAAUGUCACAUCUGUUGUCCUGCCAGUUGUUGUCAAUAAGGGCAGAGUAAACAAGGAAUAUCCCAUGCACACACUGCAGAUGACCAGGUAGGAGGGUGCAUAGAAGGAAGUUAAUAAGUAAUCUGGAUUUAGCUUCAGAAAGGGUCUCUCUGAAGGGGGAACCAAAAGUGAACUUGGCUUUUGAAAGUGCCAUACGUAUGGGAAAAGUUCUUCCACUUGGAAAAAAAUUUAAUGGCCUUGUUCUUUGUUGAAAGGUGAGAGGAAAUCCUGGAAUGACAGGAAAACAUGUGAUGGAACUGGUAAAAGCUGUAUAAUGAGAAAAUAAGGGGAAGAAUUCUCUUAUAGUAGUAACACAACCUGUCAGUACCAGGAGUGAGCAGAGUGACAGCGAUAAACAAUGUGUUGCAACACAGUGCAAAAAUGUUUGUACAAAGGGAAAGUCCUCUAAAGUCUUCACAUCACACUCCUGGUGCUCUGUUCAGAGCUGGUACUGUAACGUGAGAGAGGGAGCGACAGGGAGAGAGACAGAGAGAGAGAGAGAGAGACAGAGAGAGAGAGAGAGAGAGAGUGGGAGCAGGAGAGGAUGCCAAGAGCAAGUCUGGUCCCUGGGCACACCUGAUCAGGGGCCUUCAGAAUGGGCAGGGAAUAAGACUUGGGCCAAAAGGACUUCAGAUACCUGAUGCUUCAGGGGAGGGUUACAGAUGUGGGAUAGACCAUACAUUUUAUGGGGUGAGACAAAACAUUCCAUUUGACCCUUGGACCUGUCUGUAGGUAGAGGGCAUUGUUCAGUCAAAGGGGUGAUUGCCUUCAACUGGCUCUACUAUUGUUUUCUAGUUGUUUAGUAACUAAGGUUUGGUAUCUCAAAUCUUGUUCUCAUUUCAAUCUCACUUAUAGUUUCUGUAUUUUCCAAAUCUUUUGCCAGGCAAUCAUAUUUAUAAGGCUUUCCUAUUUCAUCUUCCCCAGCAGAAACCGUUUUGACAAUUCUUUCACAAAUAUUAAUGAACUUGUGUCUCAAAACAAGAGGAAAUAAAAAUACCACAGUGCCUGCAGGGUAUUGACAUGCAGUUUAAACAGUAUGACUGAUCGGAGGUUUCAGGAUUUGUCUGAACCUUGCAGUGCCUCACCAAAUACAUUACUGAAGAAGGAAAUGAUAGAUGCUAAUUAUUCAUCUGAAGAAUAUUGGUGCAUCACUGGUGAUGUAGUGAUGUCGCUGACAGUUGAGUUCCUAUUACCAGGUUGCCCCUAGGAGUGUCAUUUGGCAUGACUCAACACUGAAGUAAUUAAUUAGGUAGUGGACUGCCAGUAUGUGUGAGGCAGGCAUGCCAGAUGAUUCUUACUCCACAAGGGGAAAUGCUCAUCAUAGCUGGAGCUGCCAGAACUCGACAUGCUUGACUUAUACAUUUCUGGGAAUCAAAUUCCUAUGUCAAGGAUUGCUUGAGACAACCUGGAUUCAUUGCAGUAUGAGGAGAGCCUGAUGUGGACACAGUGCUACCUCCUAGCAUAAUUCCUUUACAAUCUUCUCUGUCAAAGUUCACAGGCAUCUCUGAGACAUCCUAUCAUCAAAUGUUUUGAAGGAUCAGGUAAUGCAAAAAACAUUGCCCCAUUAUUUACUUCCAGUUUUGCAUGGGCUGUGCUCUUCUAUUCUUCUUUUGGCUACUGAUUAAUGUGUAUUCCUCCAAAAUACUGUAGUAAUACUAGCCUCUGAAGGUUUAUAGAACUACCAGUUAAUUAAGAAAAGUACAGCUUGCUUUCUCCCUAUAAUGGGCAUGUGCUUGGAUGUUGAGAUGUAAAUCAUAGCAUUAGCAAGGAAAAUACAAGAAAAUAUAGCAGGUCAUCAAAUGUGAGCCACCUUGUAAACCUCUAGCUCUAUAAUUAUGUAUGUUUUCUUUGUUUAGGAGUUCUCAUAAGUAAAUGAAUGCUGGUAGAAAAUGCAAAACUAAGUGCUUAUUGGAAGCAUCACCCUGACUUGCAGAGUUAAUGAGGAAAGCUUAGUAAGUGACAUGGAGAGAUGCUUUUCUUUAUCAGAUGUUUAGGGAGCUGCUCAUGCAAACUACUGGCUCACUUAAUUCUCCUGCCUACCUUUCAUCUUAAAGCUAAUACAAUUCAAAACUCUUGGUGAAAAAGAAGGUAUGAACUCUGCAUACAUACUCAUCACAUACAGUGAGUUUGUAAGUAGGAUUCCUAAUCUUUGAAACAGUUGAAGUGAAAUCUUUCUGUAGCUUAACAAUACAUUUGUAGACAAAUUACCUCUAACAGACUAGAAAGAAAAUAUUUUACUUAUUUGAAGUAGCAGACUUUUCUGCUGGAGCCCCUAAAAAUAGUUAAGAUGAAAUCACAUUAAAAUUAUCUCUUUUUUUUUUUUUCUGAAGUCAAUAAGAAUAUAUAUUUGUAGUAAUAGGGGUAAUACUUAUAAUUCAGUCACUGAUAAUAAUUUGAGGACAUGAAAACAGGAGCCAAAGGCAUUAAGAUUUUACCUGAAAAAUCUCUCCUUGCAUUCCUCUGACAUAACUUCAGAAACCCAAAUUGAAAGGAUCACAUGAAUUCUUAUAAAUGCUUUGAAAACACUACCAAAUAGUUUAAUAAUUUGCUUUUAAACUGCAACAGAGAAGAUCAUGUUUUUAUACAAAAACAAAACAAAAAAAGGUUUAUGCCUGUUACCGAAUGGCAGCACUCACUUGAAAUCUCUCUUUUAAGGACAUCUUGCAUUUUUGGGCCUCAAGAUUGUAGUAUCUCUUUUAUUUGCCCUUGACUUGCAGUUUAUCUAAUCUUAUAUGUUUUGACACAAUGUGACAAAACUAUGAAAAGUAUCCAUUGUUUAAUUAUUUCUAAACAUACCAACAGUGAAACUUGUAGCAUUUUUUGAAUUAUAUGUAGUGGCAAAGCUACGUGUGUAACAGAUCUGUUUUUCUUUCUAGGAUCUCCUGACUACUAUGUUCCUUUUAGGGUUAUUUCAUAUUCUCUUCUCUCAGCCCUUGCACUGUGGAAGUGCUAUCUGGCAGGAGAGAUGUACAGCCCCUGACUCUCAGCAACAAUGUAUUACUCCGGGUAAUUCCCAGUAAGAAGGAACAGAAUUUAUGCCAGAACAGUAAAACAAAGUGCUCUGCUUUGUGGGUCCACCUUGGAGAUGCACUGUGUGGGCUGCAUCAGACACAGGGGAAGAUGGUUAGAUCAGCUUCUCAGAAAGACUAACCCUGUAGUACCCACACUACUCAAACCUUGCUGUGCAAACCCAAUACAAAAUACACUUGUGAGGGGUAUGUGAAGUGAAAUAAAGCAGUGGGUCUUGCCAGGAAAAUAUUAAAAGGCACUACAGUAUUUUUUAUAGUAUUGGAAAAAUGCAGAAUAAUCCCAAACCCUCCAUAUCCAAGGAAAAAUAAGCCACAUAAAACCAGACAACUUCUAUUCUUUUAAGCAACAUCAGAUUUACUAUUAUUUAUAUGACAAAUAUUUUUAAAGUCUCUCUAGAAAUGGCUAAUAUCUCAUUCUCCAAAGAAAAUAACUCUUCAGUAGCAGCUUAGUCUUUCUAACAAUAACUUAGUGAUGGAACCUUCCAAAUUGGAACAAGGUUUACCUGCAUUACUUAGAGAAAAGUCAUAAUACAAUCUUUAUGCUAUAAAACUAACCUUGUGUUUUAAAAAGAUCACAAGGAAUUUGCAUAGAAAAUACCUAGAGAGACUCAAGUUGUAAUGCCAUAAUCUUCCCAUUCUAGGAAAUGGUUACCUUAAGGUUUAAAGCAUACCAAAACUAUGCAGUGGCCAGAACCUCAGAGCUAUGGUUUUCACUGUGUUUCAGCAGGAAGUUUUCCUUUAUUUCCAGUUUUUGUACUAUCCUGAGUUGCAUUUGGAUUUUAAUAAUUCUGACAUUAUGAACUAUCCUUUCAAAAAGAAUUGCAUUUUGGAUCACUACACCUAACUAGUUGCUUCUUUCUCAUUCUCAUUACUGCACCUGAGGUCUACAGAGACCAAGUACAGGUACUGGCUAUCUAUGUUAAUUCAAAAAAUCACAUUAGUAGCUGGCUGGUUUUAAACAAUCCACCCCACCCCCCUCCCCCACAAAAGAACCAAACCAAACCAAAAAACCCACAAAAAUAAUUAUACUCAAAAACAAAAUGAAGAAUCCAAACAAAAACAAUAACAAACAAAACAAUCACAACACUAUCCCCCUCUCUCAUCCUAUAGCACUUACCCAGGACACUCAGAAUGAGUCCUGUUGGGCAUUCUUGUCCCUUGUCACUAACGUGUGCCAUUAAUGAGGACAGUGUGUGGUUCUAAAGGAAGGGUAAUGCAUAUGCUUUAGUCUUUAAAUGGAGAGAAGGGCCUCUGUCAAAUACCUGAUGGUGUCAAGCAGGGUUGUCCAGCCAUGUUUGUCCAAAAUGGCAUUAAGAGGCAGAGGGUGGGGGGAGAGCGGGAAGAAAGGGAAGAUGGUGUGGCAGGAAACAACUAGUGAAUAUGGAAGUACAGAAGUUCAUGUAGCCUGUACCUGCGUCUCUUAAUCUCUGCGAUCUUCAGCUGUCACUGUAGUGUGCAUGGAAAUAAGUCCAAAUAAUACACCUAAAGCUUUAUUGCAAUUAGCUGACAAGUUGCUGUUGUCUCGCAGCCUGUCAGCUGAGGUUUUUGCAGGUUUCAAGGAAUGAAAUACAUUGUUACUGUUUGAGACAGCUUAACUUUUGUUGAAAUCAAAGCCAUUUAAAGGAGACAUUACAAAGGACAGUAAUUACUGUUUGGUACUUCUCCUGGGGCCUGAAUGGAAAUGAUUCCGAUUAAGAAUCCCACUCAUAGAACUGAAGCUAGACCUUCACAGUGACAAAGCACAGUUAUCACUACUUUACCUUUGUAAUUUGAGAAGCCUGUCAGUGAGAUUUUGUUUGGUUUUUUGUUUGAGAUUUUUUUGAAGGGUGUGGGGGUUGUUUGGUAUUCUUAACAUUAAAGCAUUUUACCAUUA